AUUUCGGGAUUUGUAAUGGAUGGCUUUUUGGGUUGGAAAACGCUCAUCAUUAAAAGUUUAGGAUUGCCCUUAGCUAUUGGAUCAGGAUUAAGUUUAGGUAAAGAGGGGCCUAGUGUACAUUAUGCCGUGUGUGUUGGUAACUCCAUUGCCAAACUGAUUCAAAAGUACAAGAAAUCUGCAUCAAAGGGGAGAGAAUUCUUGACUGCAACUUCCGCAGCCGGGGUUGCAGUGGCGUUUGGUUCUCCCAUGGGUGGUGUAUUAUUCUCGAUUGAAGAAAUGACUUCGAUGUUUCAAUUAACCACCAUUGUUAAAUCAUACUUCUGUGCCAUGAUUGCAGUUACCACUUUAGCUAUGAUUAAUCCAUUUAGAACAGGUCAAUUAGUCUUGUUUGAAGUCACUUAUGAUACCAAUUGGCAUUAUUUUGAAAUUCCAGUAUAUAUCAUUCUUGGGACAUUUGGUGGAUUCUAUGGGAUUAUUGUGUCGAGAUUCAAUAUUCAAAUGGCAGCAUUCAGAAAGAAAUAUCUAGGAAAUUUUGCCGUACGUGAAGUAUUCACCCUUGCAUUACUCACAGCUAGUUUUGCGUACUUCAAUGAAUUUCUUCUUUUGGAAAUGACAGAAUCAAUGCAAGUUUUAUUCCAUGAAUGCGAAGAAACUUUCCAUCAUCCAUUAUGUGAUCCCAAAUCAAACAAGACUUCCUUAUUGCUUACACUUUUAUUCGCCACCAUUGCUCGUAUGGGACUAGUUAUUAUAACGUAUGGAUGUCGAGUACCUGCUGGUAUUUUCGUUCCUUCAAUGGCUGUGGGAGCAACAUUUGGCCGUGCAUUAGGUAUAAUUGUCGAUAUGAUCUAUCAAAAGCACAAGGAUUCGUUUUAUUUCUCAACUUGUGCUGAUGGUGGAAGAUGUAUUAUCCCAGGGACUUACGCAUUUUUGGGUGCCGCCGCUGGAUUGAGCGGGAUCACUGAUUUGACCGUAACUGUGGUUAUCAUCAUGUUUGAAUUAACUGGAGCAUUAAGAUAUAUCGUACCUACAAUGAUUGUAGUUGCAAUUACCAAAAGUGUCAAUGAUAAAUGGGGUAAAGGUGGGAUUGCCGAUCAGAUGAUCAAUGUCAAUGGGUUACCCUUAAUUGAUGCCAAGGAAGAGUUCUCAUUUGGUACAACCGUAGAAGCAGCAAUGUCUCCCGUUAUAGUUGCAUUCAGUACGGCUGAGCCAAUACCAUUAUCUCAAUUGAAACAUAUUUUGGAAAAUACCAGUUAUGAUGGAUUUCCAAUCAUUCAUUCUGGAAAUAAUCCAAAAAUAUUUGGAUAUGUGUCUCGAUACGAAAUUGAAUAUAUUUUGAAUAAUUAUGAUGGAGUUGAUGAAAGUAUGUUGUGCAGUUGGGAUGCUCCUGGAGUAGAUAGAAUCGAUUUCAGUCCUGUGGUGCAUAAAUCUCCAAUAUCCAUAACCAUAUCCACCUCGUUGGAAUCAGUAGUCGACAUUUUCGUUAAACUCGGGCCAAAAUAUAUCCUUGUUGAGAAGGAUGAUUUAUUAGUGGGAAUUAUCACACGAAAAGAUAUACUUAGAUAUGAGUACACUGUUCACGGACAGGAUCAAAAGGACGCAAGAGAACAGCAUAGAAUAGAAACUUUCAAUGCUACAAUAUGGGAAUUCAUGACCCACCUUGGUCUUUCGGCAAGGAAAAAUUUAGGGAAAUUGUUAUAUAAUGAUGCAGGGCGAUAUUUAUAGACUUUGUAUAUACAAGCAACACACUUAUUGAUCUUUCCAUUUUCCGUAUUCCUUAUAGUCAUUGUACAAUGUUUUGUAAAAUGAUUUACCCGGAUUGUCCAAUGAUGCAUUGACCAAAGUUAAUUCAGAUUGUGAAAGAACGUCAAAGAUACUGUAGAUACCAGUUACUAACUCAUCAUUGACUUGUUUUGUGAAAUGGAAUUUCAAGUUGAAGUAGAUGUAGUUUACCAUCAAUACUGGUAAGUGUUUUCUAAGUGCACGCUUAAAUAAGUUGGCAGUGGUGGUUAACUUUGUAGAGUCAGCCACGGUUGCUCUUUGAGUAGGUUCACAAAGAUUACCUAACAAUCUGGAAUACGAAGCAGCAGCAUCUCUACUACUUGCAAUUGGCGAGUCUUGACAGAAUGGUCGAAGUAAUUCGGUGGCUAUGUGAAGGAGUAUAUGAUGUCUGGUGGAUAAUUUAAAUCUAUGGUAAAGUAAGAUAUGUGAAGUAACUUGGGUAGUCAAUAUGUAGAUGUCAGGACCAGUAGCUGAAUGUGCCAAGUAUGCAAUUAUGACUAAUGUCUUUUCAAGUAAGUAUUGGUUGAAAAUCCAAGCAUGGUCAACAAGUGCAGUUCUCAAAGUUUCCAAAACCAAAGGGAUAGAAUUAUUCUUCUGUUUUAUAGCUUGAAUGAACAAUGUCAUACACUUGGCAAUUGAUACACUUGAAUAAUUCUCUUUGUCUAUGUUAGAAAAGAAAUGACAAGCAAUAAUUACAUAGCUUUCAUUCACCUCAUCAAGCGAAUUGACAAAGUAGUCCAAUACUUCCGAAUACACUUCUUUGUCACUGGACAAUCUAUUGAAGAACAAUUCCAUAUCAAGAUUACCAACUCCCUCAGAAUGUAAAGCAGUAAAUAAACUUAACACAUAGAUUGCAUGGUUCAAAUCAAUUGAAAUAGUAUGACAAAUUAACUUGAAAAGGAUAGAUUUCAUUUCAUUUGUUUUAACGUCAGCUGCGACUUUCUGUAAUUUGGGGAAGAUUUUGGAGUAGUCCACUUCAUCAGAGACUGUGAUUAAUGCACGUAGGUUCCAGUUGACAGUCGCUUCAUCAUCCAGUUUAUCCAAGUUUGAAAGACAGGUUUCAAUGAACACUUGUUUAAAGUUAUUAAAUUGGGAUUCGAGUUCUUCAGGAACUUUGGCGGAAAGAAUUAUUAAACAUAGUUCAG